AUGUCGGCUCUUGAGAUCACACCCGCAACGGCGGGUCAUGACCUUGACGACACAAAGAAGGCCAGGGUAGAAGACAUCCAAGAUAUCGAGAUCGGGGAUGUCAGGAAGCCAGAUCUGUACAGCAAGGUCUCGGUGUAUCUGACCAUGGUCUUCUCCGGUCUUGCCCUGGGAUCAGAUGGCUACAAUGCUGCUGUGAUCGGCAACCUCGAGCUCCUCUUCGCAACCCUCUAUCCCGAAGCCCUAACAUCAACAAUGCGAUCCCGCCUCUCCAACGCCUUUCUUAUCGGCAUGAUUGUCGGUAUGAUAGGUUUUGGCGUGGUAGUAGACCAACUGGGUCGCAAAACCGGCGCCGUCAUGACAACGCUUAUCCUCCUUCUCGGUAUCGCCUUGAGCGCUGGCGCAAGCGGGUUGACCACAACCGGGCUGAUGUGGAUGCUCGUCAUCGCCCGUGGAAUAGCUGGCGUCGGUGCUGGAGGAGAAUAUCCCGUGUCAGGCGCUGGUGCAAUGGAAGCCUCUGAUGAAGAUGGCCAGUUUCGCAAAUCGAGAGGGUUCAUGUUUGCCAUGGUAGCUGAUCUCUCUGCUGGGCUGGGAUAUACUUUCGGUGCGCUCGUUCCAUUGCUGUUACUGCUCUGUGUACAUCAGAGAACGGAUCGAUAUGAGACUGUCUGGAGAGUUGCACUUGCUCUGGGCGCUGUCCCGCCACUGUCUAUCUUCUGGUUCCGAUUGAGGAUGAGGGUAUCGACCGCAUACCGAAAUUCAGCUCUUCGGAAACAAAGGACGCCGUACUUCCUAAUCUUCAAGAAGUACUGGAGACGUAUCAUUGGCGCGGCUUUGAGCUGGUUCCUGUAUAACUGGAUCUCGAUUCCCUUUGGCAUCUUCAGCUCUGUUAUCAUCUCAAGAGUAAAUGCUUCGAACUCGCUUGUCCAGAACCUCGGCUGGGGAGCGUUGAUUAAUAGUUUCUACCUCCCGGGUCCUUUCAUUGGAGGAUACCUGUCUGAUAAGAUUGGAAGAAGAAAGACCAUGGCUUUGGGCUACACUCUUCAGGCUGUUCUCGGCUUCGUGCUUGGUGGUGCGAAUGAGCAGAUUCAGAAAGUGUUCCCGCUAUUCGUGGUUCUAUAUGGCAUCUUCCUCACUCUAGGUGAAGUCGGCCCUGGAAGUACUGUUGUCAUUGUGGCGACUGAGCCAUUCCCAACUUCUGUUCGAGGACAUGCCCUCGGUUUCAUCUCUGCAUGGUCAAAAGCUGGUGCUGCCAUCGGUACUCAGGUUUUCACUGCCAUCCUCAGCUCAUACACCGAUACCGUCAAGGGUAAUCAGGUGGUCUUCUUGAUUGGCUCAGCUUUCGCAGUUCUGGGUGCACUUAAUGCAUGGUUCGUUGUCCAAGAUGGCGAGAAGCAUCUAGAAAAAGAGGAUCAGAUCUGGAAGAAUUAUCUCGAGGAGAAUGGAUGGGAUGCCAGUUGGGGUGACCAUCAGACACAAGAUCCUAUUGGAACAUUGAAGGAUGAGCUCAAGCCAACAUCCUGA